AUGAACAACAUGCCAGAGCCGUAUUUUUGGUGUUUGGAAUGGGCAAACGCAUAUUCGCUUAUAUCGGCUGCUUACACGGACUCUUUAACUACAUCUCCUGUGGUUCGUAAUGACGUUUUCAUAACAGACAUAAUGACGGGAGAGAGUAAAAGACUUAGACCUGAAAUUGAUGAAACGCCGGUUGAAAUGUUGCGUGUUUCCUACUAUCAAAAGACUUUUAGUUUAGAAGAAACUUUUUAUAGUUGUUAUGUCGCUAUUGGAUUUCGAAAUGAACCUUUAGAAAUAUGGCAUCUGAAGUCUAUGCGUCUAUUGAGAAGAAUGUCGCGUGCAUGCCCCGUAAUUGUCGAUAUGGCUUGGUCUAGCAAGCAUAAUACUAUGAAGACCGUCAGUAGUGGUUCCGAAGUGGUAUUUCGAGAAAACUUAGUAGUACUGGACCAAGACUGCCAUUUGUACCAUGUAGUUGUCAAGGGACUUCAUGUUCGAGAUGGGAAGGAAGUUAGCUCGCAGUGGAAAAGUGGAGCUGCUUCUAUGAAGUGCCUGGUCUGGAAAGAUGAUCUUUUAGCAACAGGCGACACUUCUGGGCGUAUUGGUAUCUGGGAUUUGGAAAAACGUCAGUGUAGGCAAGUCGGAGGAGCAUUUAGAGGUUCAAUCCUUAAGAUGACAUUUUCGAGGCUAAAUGGCGACCAUACUCUCGCGGUACUGCACCCGCAAAUGGUUGUUUUGUGGGACGCUGAUCAGCUAACUGUUAUGCAGCAUUACACUCUUGGAACUAGUCGCUCAUUCGUGGAUCUGGAUCUCUGUGGUCUUUCUCCUAUUCUUUUAUGUUCAGACAACUCUUUCCGCUACAUGCCAGUUGUGUCACCUAAUGAAGCCAUAUACUCAAAAAAUAUUCCACUGUUACUUAACUCAGCAGCCGUACAGUCACUGAAUAACGAAGAAGAAACUCCCGAAGCUUUCAAGCCUCUUCAUGAUCUGUUAAGUGCUGUUUGUGAUACACUAAAUGAAAAGCCGGAAUUGUCUGCAUCAGGCGCUGUUUGUCCUGGGUACCAAGUUAAGAGGUAUCGGGCUCUAAAUCGUCUUUUGGGAAAUAAGUGGCUUUACAACUUUUGGAGUAUUGCUGAAUCAGUUCUUAACGACUCGCAAUGUUCGAGCCACUUGUUUCUGUUUUGGUCAAAGGAACUAAUAAACUUAAGAUCCGAAUUGUUACUUUCUUGUAUGAUGAAUUUGCCAGACUUGGAUUCCGAACAGAUUAAGACUUUAGUUCAUCGCGCAGUGAUCUUGAAGAAGCGUGACUGGGCGAUACAGCUAUUGUUAGGGGACGACUGUCGACCAAGUGCGUUAAAAGCUUGCCUUCUUGCAUCUGAUGCAACUUCCGAAAAUGCCCAAAGCAUUAUCAAACUUGUAGCUACUAAUCUGAUUGCUAGCAGCUGUAUAACAGUUGUAGCAAAAUGUUCAGUUAUGAAAUAUGCUUAA